AUGAGGCUCUUCCGGAGACGCUACAGCCCCUUGAAGGUGGCUUUGGCGGGCGCCGUCUUCGUCAUCUUCCUCUUCAUCCUGCAGAAGGACGUGGGGGACAAGGACCCGAGUGAGGAACCCUGGUUGAAGAACAUCGUCCAAGGCAAGGACCAAGUCCUCGACCUGAUGAUGGGGGCGGUCAACAACAUCCGAGACUCGAUGCCGAAGCUGCAGAUCAGAGCUCCAGUUCGGCAGGAGGAACCGCUGCCCAGUGCUCGCUCCUGCCUGCCCGGCGUCUACACGGCGGCCGAGCUUCGGCCGCUGAUGGAGAGACCCCCCCAAGACCCCGCCAGCCCCGGAGCCGACGGCAAAGCCUUCAAGAAGGAUCGAUGGACACCGGAGGAGACGAAGGAGAAGGAGCGAGGUUACGAGAAGCAUUGCUUCAACGCCUUUGCCAGCGACCGCAUCUCCCUCCAGCGAGCACUGGGACCCGACAGCCGCCCGCCGGAGUGCAUCGACCAGAAAUUCAAGCGGUGCCCCCCCCUGCCCACCACCAGCGUCGUCAUCGUCUUCCAUAAUGAAGCUUGGUCGACGCUGCUGCGGACGGUGUACAGCGUCCUGCACACCUCCCCGGCCCUCCUGCUGAAGGAGAUCAUCUUGGUGGACGAUGCCAGCACGGAUGACUAUCUGAAGGACGAGCUGGAUCGCUACGUGGAGCAGCUCCAGAUCGUGCGAGUCGUGCGGCAGGAGGAGAGGAAAGGGCUGAUCACGGCACGGCUGCUGGGGGCCAGCGUGGCCAGCGGGGAGGUCCUGACCUUCCUGGAUGCCCACUGCGAGUGUUUUCACGGCUGGCUGGAGCCCCUCUUAUCCCGCAUCGCCGAAGAGCCCACGGCCGUCGUAAGCCCCGACAUCUCCACCAUCGAUCUCAACACCUUUGAGUUCUCCAAGCCCGUCCAGAACGGCAAACAGCACAGCCGGGGCAACUUCGACUGGAGCCUGACUUUCGGCUGGGAGGUCAUCCCGUCCCAGGAGAAGCAGCGGAGGAAGGAUGAGACCUUCCCCAUCAAGUCCCCAACCUUUGCCGGUGGCCUCUUUGCCAUCUCCAGGUCCUACUUCGAGCACAUCGGCUCCUACGACGAUCAGAUGGAGAUCUGGGGGGGCGAGAACGUGGAAAUGUCCUUCAGGGUCUGGCAGUGCGGGGGUCAAGUCGAGAUCAUCCCUUGCUCCGUCGUGGGUCACGUCUUCCGUUCCAAGAGCCCCCACACCUUCCCCAAGGGCACCCAGGUCAUCUCCAGGAACCAGGUCCGCCUGGCCGAGGUCUGGAUGGACGACUACAAGGAGAUCUUCUACAGGAGGAACCAGCAAGCCGCUCAGAUGGCCAGAGAGAAGACGUAUGGUGACAUUACAGACCGGCGCAAGCUGAGGGAGCAGCUCCACUGCAAGAACUUCACCUGGUACCUCCAGACUGUCUACCCCGAGAUGUUUGUUCCUGACCUGACUCCAACUUUUUAUGGAGCGAUAAAAAACGAGGGCACCAAGAGCUGCCUGGACGUCGGUGAGAACAACCACGGUGGGAAACCACUCAUCAUGUACCCCUGCCACGGGAUGGGGGGCAACCAGUAUUUUGAGUACACAAGCCAGCGGGAGCUGCGGCACAACAUCGGGAAGGAGCUCUGCCUGCGGGCGGGCGCGGGGCUUGACUGCCAGUACCGAGGGAAGCCUGGCCGGGUGCCAGCCAGCGAGGAGUGGGACCUGGCGCAGGAUCGGCUGAUUAAAAACCCAGCCUCCGGUACGUGCUUGACGGCACGAGGGAAGCACCCGGCGAUGGUUCCCUGCGACCCAGUGGACCCCCACCAGCUCUGGUCCUUCACCUAG